AUGGGAGUCUCUAAUAAAUAUACUAUUGGAUGGAUCUGCGCCGUCAAAACAGAGUGUGUUGCCGCCAAAGCCUUUCUCGACAAAGAGCAUGAAAACAAGGAAUAUGGAGCUGCCAACGAUAGCAACGUUUACACACUGGGUGAGAUAGGGAAGCAUAACGUGGUGAUCGCUCAGCUGCCAAAGGGGGAAUAUGGGAUCGCGGCUGCAGCCAGUGUUGCACGAGAUAUGGCACGCACCUUUCCCAACAUCAGGUUUGGCCUUAUGGUCGGUAUCGGUGGUGGUGCACCCAGCAAAAAGCAUGAUAUCCGACUCGGCGAUGUUGUGGUGAGCGCACCCCACAAUGGAAAGGGUGGUUUAUUUCAGUAUGACUUUGGGAAAACUAUGCAAGAUCAGAAAUUUCGAACCACAGGUUUCCUGGAUCAACCCCCCAGCCUACUUCGUGCCGCAAUGAGUGACAUUGAUGCUGAGUAUGAAAUGGAAGGUCACCAACUUGAAGAAGCAGUAAGGAACGUGCUUGAAAAAUGGCCAAAACUGCGAAAGAAAUACAAGCGACCAGACCCAACUAGCGAUCGACUAUAUCAGACACACAUUAUCCAUCCUUCCGAGGAAAUGAGUUGUGAAGCAAUCUGUGGAGACGACGAGUCGAAGUUGAUCGUGCGGCCUGAACGAAGCGAUGAAGAUGAUAAUCCAGCAAUACAUUAUGGCUUGAUCGCGUCUGCAAACCAGCAGAUGAAAAAUGCUAUGAUUCGUGAUAGACUUGCGGCAGAGAAGGAUGUUCUAUGUUUUGAGAUGGAAGCGGCAGGCUUGAUGAAUCACUUCCCAUGUCUUGUUAUACGGGGUAUCUGUGACUAUUCGGAUUCUCACAAGAACAAAGAGUGGCAAGGGUACGCUGCAAUGGCUGCAGCUGCGUAUGCCAAAGACCUCCUCUCUCGCGUUCUGCCAAAUAAGGUUGAAGCAGAGAAGAAAAUCAGUGAUGUACUUACGUCUGUCCAGGUCGAUAUAGAGGAAACUCGUGAUAAUACCCGCGUCCUGGUCAGUGAGCAAAGGCGCGAAAAAUUGAUUGCCAAACUACCUUUUGCGAAAGGUUCCACGUUUGACUCUUCUGAUGAGAAUGUGAAUCCGAGAUGCCUUCUAGGAACUAGAACUGACUUGCAACGUCAAAUUCAAGAGUGGGCGCAAGAUCAACAAGGGAAGUGCAUCUUCUGGCUGAAUGGUAUGGCUGGGACGGGCAAAUCAACGAUCUCUCGCACCGUGGCCGAAUCCUUUAUGAAGGAAGGAAAGUUAGGGGCCAGUUUCUUCUUCAAACGAAGUGAGGCUGAUCGAAGUCAUAUGAAUAUGCUUUUCACCACGAUUUCUGCCCAACUUUUGGUCAAGAUUCCCGCCUUAGCUCCGUACAUCGAAACUGCAAUUAACACUGAUCCUUAUGUUUCAAGCAAAUCAAUAGGAGAGCAGUUUGAAAAGCUGAUUAUUCAACCUUUGUCGGAAAUUCGUCGCCAUUCCCAACAGGUCUCUAAGCUUGUGGUCGUAAUUGAUGCCUUGGAUGAAUGUGCGCAGGAUGGAGACAGUCUCCUUCGCCUUUUAUCACAAACGAGGAACAAAUGGUCACCGAGCUUGCAGAUAUUUAUCACCAGCAGACCAGAGCUGGUGAUCCGUCUUGGAUUCCGAGAGAUGCCACGAGAUGCAAUCGAGGACUUCAUAUUGCAUGAAAUAUCCCACCCCGUAAUAGAAAACGACAUUGCGAUAUUUUUAAAACACGAGUUUGCCAAAAUCCAGGAGAAUCAUAUUAAAGAUGGACAGCAGCAGCUUCCAUCUGGCUGGCCUGGCUCGGAGGUGAUAUCAACUUUAGUCCAAAUAUCCGUUCCUCUUUUCAUUUUUGCUGCCACAAUCUGCCAUUUCGUUGGUGAUACAGCGUGGUCAGACCCUGUAAGGCAACUAAACAAGGUCCUAGUUGGGGAUCCAGAGUGGCUAGAUCGUGCAAGGUCACUGGAAGAGGCCUUCACAUAUCAAAGUAUGAAUAAUGUCCCUCCGAUGAAUAAGCGGGACACCAUUUACUUCCCGUGGGAAUUUGAGGAUGUAGGAUCAGAUGAAGGGUUGGAUGAUGAAUCUGUCGCCUCGGAUGCUUCUUCGGCAGUCUUUUCGGAAGCACCUUCACAAGCUAGCAAUUCCUCGCGCGGAUCGGUCUAUCAUACUGCGACGUCUGUUAUGGCAGAUAUUUUUGUUGAAGACGCCGAAUUAAUCUCACUAUAUAAUGCAGCCUUGCCAAAAUUAAGCCCAGAAAGGUUUAUGCGGAAUCAUAAUCGCCUCCUUAAGAAGUACUUUAUCGACCUUGGAACAGAGAUUCGCAACGAUCAGCAACGACGAUCAGUUCGAUUCCUUCGCCAAUCCGAACAGCGAAAACAGAUUACGGAGGAGAUCUUUAACCAUCUUACCAAUUCCAUGAAGGGAUUGAAUAAAGAACCUGAUCGGAAGCUCAUCUUGGAGCGCUUUCUACAAACGCAAGAAUCGUCGUCCAUCGUGAUAGAUGGCUCAAAUGACGCAGGCAGCGGGAGCGAUACAAGCAGCGCCGACUCUGAUGAGGUUCAUAAUCUGGACGAUUCUGAAGGCAAUUAUCUCUCUGCCAUAGUCGAUUUCCUCACAAAAGGCGUUUCAUUUGAUCGCUUUAAGGAAAACCUCCGCCACUUUAUCAAUCCACCAAACAGCAUUCAAGAAGCUUUAUCUUCCAAUGAUCCAAAGUUGGUGAAGGAUCUUUUAUCCAGGAAUCUCGAUCAUCUUGUAGAAGAUGAAUACCCUUGGCUACGUGAACUCAUUGAAAUUGGAUGUUCUCUGGAGGAAAUUGCAGAGCUUUUGUUAGAGAAACAUAACGACGCUCCUUGGAUUUACUUUGAACCACAUGAAGUACCGGGUAAUGACGUAGUAGUUCCCGGGCUCCAUCUUGACGAAUGUGUACAUGAUGGUGGUCGCAAACUUAAUGUGACACCGGCGUUGAUUGGUUCUGUCCCUCAGUCGCACAUGCAUUCAAGCGUCUCUGAGCCCAUGGAAGGAGAAGCAGUGAAGUUACGAGUGCAGCAACUUUGUGGACUUGCCGGAGUAGCGCCAAAUUCCCGCAAUUUGAAGAAAUGGAACGGAAGUGUUUUGUUUGAAGACCAAAACUCCACUGCGUACAUAACUUAUGAUCUCAAUGAAGAUGAAACCGAUACUCAGACACUUCCUUUACUCUCGCGGGUCUGUAAUGCCCUACAAGGAUUCUGCAAAGCGGUUGGUCAGGUCCAGGAAGCUCGAUUAUGUUGUGACUGUUUCACAAUACUACGGAAAGCCGUCGCAAUUGCCGACCAAGUCGUGGAAAUGUGCAGGGUAGAGGCUGAACUGGCAGUCCGACUUCUGAGAGAACUUAAAAGACUUCAAUCGUUGAAUAAAAUGUCACUGCGUGACCUUUUAAACUGCGAGUCCAUUGCUUUGGAGAUUCUUGGUAGUCUCUGUGGAAACAGCUGGCUAAAAGAAAGAAAUCGACAAGGAACCGCGGAUGACAUUUUUCAUUUAUGCUCUUUAGCCGUGCAAUUUUUGUGCUUCGGAUAUUAUUCCUAUUGCCAAGCGCACAAUGCUUUUAUUCAACCAUUCUUCUUAGACACCCCGCUUAGAAAAAUUGUGCUACUUGGAAGUCAAAAAUAUGUGGAAGGCUUAUCAACAAUCACAGUUGAACUCGUUGACCUUACGUGCAUGGGUGAUAUGUUGCAAGGACCUGUGGUUGUUUUCAGUGCGAACAAUCACGCAUAUCAAGUUCCAUGUGAUUCGAGGUGUGACCUGCUCGCGUCCCCCGAGGACCUGAUGGAUACAUGGGGGCCAGGCAAUUUCCUGAUAAAUUCAUUAACUGAAUAUAAAGAGCCUGAGAUUUACGCUAUCAGCAUAGGUGGUGGAUUUAUUGUCGCAGUCAAUGAAGAAAGUACGAGAUUUCAUUGGAGUCGGGACACAGAGCCUCUUCCACCAUUUAUGAAGCCAUUUCAUUUACAUGCAAAGAUAUCGAUUGGAGCUACGAUCGUUGUCAAUGAGAACUGCAAUGGCGACGAGAGCCAACGUUGGCUGAACUCUAAUGAAUUCCUGGAGAACUUGGGUACAUUCGCACACUUGUGGGAAUCAACACAAAGGCAAGGAGGAAUUCAGAGCGGGCAGUAUGUCAACAUCCAAUUUAACCAGACUUGGAAUAAAAUCCCAGGGAAAAACUUGAAACAAAUUCAGUUGAGUUUUCCAGAUGACCACCUACUCCCAUUUUUGCAGUCUCCAUGGGGUCUUCAAAUGAGUUUUUGUACAGGUGUUGGUCGAAGGAUACCACUUCGUGAGCUUAUUGCCGAUGUCAUGCCAGCGUUUGUUGAGUCUCUUUUUCCAAUUCCACAGCAGUGGGAGCGUCUGAAAGUGGAUUAUAAAAUUAUUGACGCAUUUCGAAGUUAUUCCCUACAAACAUGGUUAUGUCAACUUCCCCGCGAUUGUCAAGAGCUAGUCGCACGCAUAGUGCGCUAUAUUCUAUCCGUGUUGCAAUUUACAGGAAUUGACAGGAAAGGGGAGUACUUGGUCGUUGCUUGGAUCCAGCGACACAAACCAUUCCAAUGUUUUAGGAUUCCAUGUGAAAAGGAAAGCUACUGGGCACGAAUUCUUAUGGAUUCGGAAGAUUGUGCCACAUUUGCUUAUGUUACUUCAAACUGUUUAGAGACUGAUACGCUAAGAUGCCGUGGACCUGCAGCAAUAUGGCAGAAUACAAGUGCCUUGCUUGAGACUGCUGUAUCGCCUCACAAGAAAAAAGACGAUCAAUUAUUACGGGGAACGAUGCCUUGGUCUUUGAAACAUAUGGAAUUAUACUCCAUUGGAAAUAUUGACUCGGCUUUGUUGGCAAAAGUCGAUCGACCAAGUGAAAACGAUUAUCCUCGUCUAUUUGUCUCGUGGAGCAUAACACCUAUCAGCAUUCUGUUCCGGCUGAAAAAUAAAUGGAAACAGCUGCAGCGGCUUAGAGAGAGGCAAGCUAUCGACGCACGAGCAGAAGGUGUGGUCGUAGUAGCGAAGAUAAACAACAGUUCGAGUUUUGAACAUAAUAAGAGUGACUAA